AUGAUCCUACUUUAUAUCGAGAGUCUUGCUGGAGCUUUGCAGUAUCUCACAUUCACCCGUCCUGACAUCUCUUAUGUUGUUCAGCAGGUGUGUCUUCACAUGCAUGCCCCCCACACAGAGCAUAUGCUUGCACUGAAGCGCAUCCUGCAUUAUGUUCAGGGCACCUUACAGUUGGACUUGCAUCUCUAUCCUUCUCCUAUCGAGAAGCUUAUUUCAUACACCGAUGAAGAUUUGGGUGAAUGUCUCGACACUCGUCGGUCUACUUCUGGUUACUAUGUGUUCCUCGGUGACAACCUCCUUUCUUGGUCGUUUAAGAGACAACCCACGCUUUCCCGUUCUAGUGCUGAGGUUGAGUACCGAGGUGUUGCUAAUGUGGUUUCCAAAUCAUGUUGGCUACGCAACCUGCUUUUGGAGCUUCACUUUCCUCUUUCUCAGGCUACUUUGACUUAUUGUGAUAAAGUGUCAUCUACUUAUCAAGCAAUCAUGUCCAACAUCAGCGCACUAAACACAUUGAGAUAG